CUAUUGUACGAGGCCGUUACGCGACCAAUGCAUGUACGAAUUGCCGUAAAAAACAUUUAAAGUGUUCUCAAGAAGCUACUUGCACAAAUUGUGGAUUACAUAACCUUGAGUGUGUUUAUAUUAAACCGGUUAAAAAACGAGGACCGAGAACAGUCAAUAAAUCAACUUAUGUUUUUGAAAGUAACUUCGGUGGCGCUGCAAAUAUCGAACAGGAACACAUAUUGACUUCAACUGAACAUCAAUUCGACAAUUCCGCUUUUUCUUACGUUAAUGAAGCGUCUCAGCCCACCCAAAGCGAUUUCUUUCUCAAUCAAGAAUAUAUUGAAGCCAUUUAUGCUAUGCCAAAUAACAACACGCCCAUUAACUUUAGUAGCAUCUUUUUACCUAACAAUUAUUCCUCUUCUUCAAUUGCUUCUAAUUUAGAUUAUUUAUUUGGACCCUUUUAA